AUGAAUGUAAAUGGAAAAUACGAUCUUAUGGUCGUUCUUAAAAAUCUAGUCGUUAAUAGCAACCAUCAAAUUGUUCAAGAGUUAUCUCCAUACUAUAAUAUUCCGUAUGAUCAUAAUUUGGAGAUUAAAAUUUGUAAUAGCUUAAGGCCAGAAUUUCCAAACCAAACACCAGAAUUUAUUUUACAAAUUAUUAGUUGUUGUUGGGAUGCGGAGCCUCCAAAGAUCGAAGAAUUAAAUGAUGA